AUGAAGAAUGAUAACACCACAUGCGCGCACACGGCCGUAUUCAAGGCCGGAUUCCGAGUUACUAUGGAAAAAACGCGGACGUGUCAAGCCGCGGAGACGGAUGCGAGAUACUUGGGCUACGAGUGGGCGGAGGGCGAGGCAUGCAGGGAGAACCGGGAAUGCACACGGCGGGGGGAUACCUCCAAAUGUUGUGUCAUGACCGGCAUUCGGCACGGGAAGCCGGUCGGGCUCUGCCAGCCCAUCAAGAGGCUAGGUGACGUGUGCAGCCCGGGCGACAGAUACCGGAAUUUUUACGGACAAGGGGUCUACAUCUCCUCGUGUCCCUGUGCCAUAGGUCUGGAAUGUCAACCGAAAAGAUCCUUCCAGUACAACAUGAUUCAAGUGAUUGAGGAUCCUGAAUGUAUCCUGCCAAAUGACGUGCUUGUCCAAGACGUGAAAGCUCAGGCGACGGAAGGCCCUCCACCGAAGGAUGUUACGCCGGUCAAGUGACCAUUCUCGUCAUACAGGUUAUUUGACUGUAGGCCCAAGGAACGCAUUUCAUUGAACUCAAUCCAAUGAGCCUCUUUUGAAUGUAUAUUUUACACGGAAGAUAUUCAUUAAGAAUGAGUUCACAUUUGAGAUACAUAGAAUAGAAUAUGAUGCUUAUGAGGCUUUUUGGCAGAGCAAAAUAUUCAAUUUUGAACCCGAGUUUUGCUAAAAUGACAACAGGCGUGUGACAUUUCUUGUCCAUUGUCUUUUUUUUUUUAGACAAAAAAAAAUAAAUCACUGGUUA